AUGGUGAAACAAUCGAUGGAUCGGCAAGCUGCACCUCAACUUUCAAAUCCCAGUAAACCAAGCCAUAUUCAUACAAGAAAGCGUCAGUUCAGUCACGAAUCCACCAACCUUUCAAGCUCUCCCACUAUGUGGGCUGCAGAUUCAUCAACUGCUUAUAGCAACGAAGCUUAUAAUCAAAAUAGCAUAUCCCAACACACCCAUUUAAAACCGUACCUUGGUCGUACCGCCAAAUUGAGUCGAGCAUACGCUAAUCACAUUGUGUUGGCACUUGCACUCGUCCUCUGCUCACUGAUUGUACUCUCCACCUAUAUUUCUCGCGAUGCCAACACUGCCAAACGUGUCCUGGCUCAGGCAUGUACUGGUCUUGAAACAGCGACCAAUGCUCUAGCAUUAACACCGAGAUUUACGGCAAUCGCACUGAACCGUGUAACAACUAUAGCGAUGCACAAUGCUAUUGACCAAGUGGGCCGCCUUGCCCACGCAGCUUUAAUUCUUGUAAAGCAGUUGAUGCUUUACAUUCUAUUUCGGUAUCAGCGUGUGAUACUAUGUGCACUCCAACUCACUGUCAUGUCUGCCACCAACGCUGUAUCUUCACAUGCACAGCAAAUCACAAACUUUCUCAAUACUCAGCUAAAAGAUAUUUCAGGCACAUUAGCAGCUGGGCUCAAUGGCAUCAACUCUCAAAUCCAAAACGUAGAUUCUGCUAUUUCAAAAAUUCCGUCACUUCCUUUUGGCGGUCCCUCGAUUCCACAAAUCGGCACUGUGGGUCUUUCGGCCGUUAGCGAUAAGCUCAAUGGCUUACAACUUCCAGCUUCUUUUCAACAAACACUCCAAGGACUGUCUGCAAGUAUCCCUACUUUGGACGACAUUGAGGCUAAAAUAUCUGGGGUUUUAUCUGGUCCAUUUGACGAUGUUUCUAACAAGAUAUCAGCUGCAUUAGCAAAUGUCAAAGUGCCUGACCAAGGCAUCUUUCCUGUUAUGGAUCCCAUUCAACCCAUUCGAUUUUGCUAUGGAAACGCCUACAACUUGGGUUGGAUCGAUCGUAUCUCCGAAGCAAUAACUGUAGCUCUUUGGUACGGAUGCCUUGGGAUUGUCUUGGCUAUGAUGGGUGUGACAGCGUGCUAUAUGUUUUGGAUACUUUGGGAGCACCGGCUUCAUGAGCAAAAUGUUGCUCGUAUCCAAACCAUGUUGAAGGCUUCUGGUAGAAACGAGCCACUUGCUGACCUAGACGAAAUAACUUUUAGUCGUAUGAACACUUUCCAGCAUGCCACGAUUGAUAGUCAUUUCACUGUUUGUGGAUUGAUUGCCGCUGUCCAGUUUCCUGUACUCACCGCUAUGCUCGGCUUUAUUUACAAAGACCCAUUUCGCUAUCCAACAGCAUUCCAAACACGUCUAAUGUGGUCCAUGCAAUACGUUGCGCAUCCAUUCAGCUUACUCUGCAUUGCGUUUGGCACAACAGGGCUCAUAGUUGUACGAUUCCAGAUUUACCUUCUCCGCCUGAUUGUGCAAAACAUUAUACCUUUGCUUGGUCAGGAAAUCAUCCAAGCGCUAGAUUUCAUACUUGGCCGCAUUGCCUCUGCAGUAGAUGCUGUCGUUGGUCCAUUUAUAUCCAAAGUCAACACAGACAUCAAUGCAAUAGAAACUCAAGUCAACACGGUAAUGAUUGGAUGGGCCAACGACACUAUAGCUACAGCCGAAGUAGGCAUUGAGACUGUCAUGACCGGUUUCAAUGAUGCUCUUAAUAACCUGUUUGAAGCUGUUCCAGGCAUAAAAACUGCAGUAAUAUCGUUUACCACAUGCGUCAUUGGAAAUCAUACGGCCAUGCUUCGAUCGAUCCAAAACUCGCUUGCAAACGGAGUUGUUAUCUCUCUUCCACGUGCCAAUGCAAGCGAUUUUUCAAUCGAUGCCUCAAAACUUUUUAUGGCCUUGAAUGUCACUACGCAAAUGAUGAAUAUGACUACUGAAACAGUUCAAAAUGCACCUCGAGCCAUAUUUGUUGAUCAACUUACUUGGAUGCAGACAGAAUAUGAAAAAACGCUGUGGUUGCAGAUGCUUCCUUUCUGGGUUGCUUUGAUAUUGGGACUAAGCAUCGUGAUCUUUGCGAUUAUUGCCCUGAUAUUUGAUGCAAUUGCCAAUGCUCCAUUACAGAUUAAAAGGCAACUACAGCCGGGUUCACGUAAAAUGUAG